AUGAAUAAUACACCGCCAGGCACUUCGUCUUCCGGUAAUCCUUCAGACGACUUCAAAAGAAGCCACAUACAUCGUCCUUCUUCAAGAUAUACACUCUUUUCUCACUCGACCCUUCACGACCCUCAAGAAGCUGUACUCGCCGACCAUUACCAGGCGCCGUCCGAAUCGCGACCAUCCCAGGAAGAAGCUUCACCUCGCCGUCGUGACACUAUGGAGGAGGAGCGUAGGGAGCAUGCUGAACGAUCAAGUCCUUCAAUAUCAUCCUCACAGGGGGACAUGGCCGACACUGAGAUGGAAGCCGGUCCAAGUCAGUCGUCUGACGCGCAGGCUCAACUGAUGACUUCGCCUCCCAAAAAAAAGAGAACACGGACUUUGACUACUCCACACCAGUCUGCUGUUCUUCAUGCCCUUCUUGCCCAGUCUCGCUUCCCUACUACGGCGAUGCGCGAAGAGGUGGGGCGUGCCAUUGGGCUCAGCGCCCGCAAGGUUCAGAACCAGCGCCAGAAGGCCAGGCGGCCUCGGGGCCAAGCCACUGCGCCUCUGACGCGUCCUCCUCAGUUUGGAGCAUUCUCUAAUGCCCCGCCCGGUCCCUCGAGCGAGGUGAGCAUUCCACUGGGGUCGGCACAGGGAAGCUCUGCAUCUGCGCAUGCGCAUGGCGGACCUCCGCCUUCGCUGUCGGAACUUGCCAGCCAACACGAGGCACAUGCGACACAAAGCUAUCCGGGAUCUGUGAGCGGAUCGCAGCUGUCGGGUCCCGGGAUUCCUGGCCCAAGCAGUGCGAUUCGUGCGCACCCUACCUUGCCGAGAGAAGCACGGGAUUCCACGGCAUCACAAGAACGUCUCGCGUCCUCAAUGAGUUUUUUACCCAUGGGUCCCACGUCCCUGCGCCCCUCUCGCCCUCUUGCUGCUGACGAAGCGGCGGCGGAGGGUUAUCGUGCGCAGGCCGGGCACCCGCCACGUUCACGGCUGCUGUCCGACGAUCUGGGAGCACAGCAGCCAGAUUUUCCCAUUACACUUGCUCCCAUUCUGAUGGAGGACAAUCUCCGUCCUCCGAACAUCGGGCCUCAUCAUGCCGCUUCCCCGCGUUUUGCUGCUUCUCCUACACCUGAUCUUUCUAUGGGUGAUCCCCACCGCCUGCCGCAGGCAUCGUAUCUCUCGGAACCUACGUUUGUACAACGACCUCUUCUCAACAUUCCUCCGCCAUUUACGUUGCAGCCUCGGCCACAGUGGGACGACCUUGCAUUCUCGCCGUUCUCUCGCCCCAGGACGUCGCCUCAGUCGCGCACCAGUAAUCCUUUCCACGCUGUUCCUGGGGAUGCACCCUUCCUACCUCCCGUUGAGUCUCCAACACCACGUCCAUGGACGAGCUUCUCUCAGAUGCCGAACAGACCCAGGGUACCAGAAGGUGUCUCUGAUCCAACUCUCUCUCCAACUGCUCCAUCGUCGCGGACCCGGUCAGCUCGUCCUGGCCCUUCUUUCUCUCAACAUAUACUUCCUAGCUUCACCGGUCCCCGUACUGGAUCGCGCCCUUCUGACGAUGCAGUGAAUGAGAGGUUCAACGUUCCCCCUUGA